AUGCCGACGAGAAACAUUCUACUCAAAGUCACAAUCAGCGUCCUAAGCCUAGCAAAUACUGCAUUUGCAGAUCCAAUGGCUAGUGCUGCAGAAGCCGAAGGCUCCAUUAUCGAUCAAACGCUGACUGCUCUUGGCUGCGAGCAAGCCCUUAGAAAUUUAAAAGACGCAACAUUAGAAGAUUUUCAUGUCGAAUCUAUCGUGAUCAACCCAGCAUUCCCCGAGAACCUUUUUGACGGCAUACCUGAUGACCAGAGCUUCAUUUCAAAGGCGGCACCACACGAGGUUACAGGCAUUAGUCACGCGCGGUUGACAGAGUUCAAUAGCAAUAUGGUGAACAGCGGUAUACCUAAUACCACUGUUGACGACCUCAAGGCAGAUACACCGGUCAUGGGGCUUCCGCAGGUCCACUGGCUUAUUGUGGAUGAUUCCUUCCUUGGAGCCAAGUGA